AAAUUAGUCUGCUCCAAACAGGCUCUAAACUAUUUGUUUUAAACCAGCUAAAACUCCACAAUUUCUUUUAAAAAGAUGCCUACAGAGAUUGCCAUCUUCUGCACACUAUAUAUACACGUACACUUUUCCACCGUUGCUGAAUUUUAGAGAGAGACGAGAGAGAGAGAGAGAGAGAGAGAGAGAGAGAGAGAGAUCCAUACGACCAUCAAGAAGAGAAGGCAAGAGCUCCAAGAGAAGAGACCGCCAUGGCAGGCGCCACCAACGGCUCGAACGGCGGCGGCGGUGGCGGGAAGGUGAUCACCCUGCCGCUGCAGUACUUCUGCGUUCUUGCGGCGGUGGUGGUGGCGGUCAUGGUGCUGUCGCUGUCCUUCAUGUCGCCGGCUGCCAUGGUGGCCGUCCGCCAGAACCUCGGCUCCGUCAAGGCCGUCGCUGGCAAUACCAGCGGCGCCGGGGAGGGCGGUGCGGUCCUGGCGGCGCCGGCGCCGCCGGCGGCCGUUGUGAAGGAGAAGGAGCAGGAGCAGGAGCAGCGGACGCCGGUGGUGCUGUUCAACUUCGGCGACUCGAACUCGGACACCGGAGGCGUGGCAGCGGCCGGCGGCAUACGGAUCAUGCCGCCGGAGGGCCGCACCUACUUCCACCACCCCACCGGCCGCCUCUCCGACGGCCGCGUCAUCAUCGAUUUCAUCUGUGAGAGCCUGAACACGCACGAACUGAAUCCAUACCUCAAGGGAAUUGGUUCAGACUACAGCAAUGGUGUCAACUUCGCCAUGGCUGGCUCGACAGCUUCGCACGGUGUCUCUACCUACUCCCUGAACGUCCAAAUCGACCAGUUCGUCUACUUCAAGCACAGAUCCCUUGAGUUCUUCAAACGAGGAUUGAAAGGCCCGGUGAGCAAGGAGGGGUUUGAGAACGCUCUGUACAUGAUGGACAUUGGCCACAAUGACGCCGUUGGUAUCGCUCACACACCAUCUGAUAAGUGGGACAAGAAGUUCACAGAGAUCGUUGGUGAGAUCAGGAAGGCGAUCUCGAUUUUGUAUGACAACGGCGCGAGGAAGUUCUGGAUACACGGCACCGGCGCCCUGGGCUGCCUGCCGGCGGUGGUGGUGCAGGAGAAGGGCGAGCACGACGCGCAUGGCUGCCUCGCAAGCGUCAACAGGGCUGCGCAGAUGUUCAACAAGAAGCUGAGCAACCUCUGCGACAGCAUGCGGUUCCAACUGAAGGACGCCACCAUCGUGUACACCGACAUGUUCGCCAUCAAGUACGACUUUGUCGCCAACCACACCAAAUACGGGAUUGAGUGGCCGUUCAUGGUGUGCUGCGGCAACGGCGGGCCUCCGUACAACUUCAAGCCGGGGAAGCCCGGCUGCGGCGAUCUAUGUGAGCCGGAGUCGAAGGUGAUCAGCUGGGAUGGCGUGCACUUCACAGAUUUCGGCAGCGGCCUUGCUGCCAAGCUUGCGAUGAGUGGUGAGUACUCCAAGCCCAGGGUGAAGCUGGCAAGCUUGGUCAAUGGCGGCUCCAAGAAGACGUCAGAUUCUUGAUGCUGAUCACUGACCCGUGACAUUUGAAUCCAUGAAUGGAUGGGUAAUGGUGAAGAUGAACUCAGAAGAUGGUGGUAUGGCUAUUGUGAAUGAUGGAGGUGCUGCAGCAGAUUGGCUCUUGACAUUCAUCGACUCCUUUUACACAGAAGGCAAAGUAGCAAUGGAGAUGCUCUCAGUUACAAAGAAAAAAUUGGGUAUCUUUUUGGAUUUUGUGAUUCUGAGUAUAAAUAUUUUUUGUACCUUGAUGUGCGUAUAUAGACUAUUUAUGGUAAUUACAGCCUCCCGGAGCUCCCAAAGGAAA